AUGAAGCCAUCUACGGCUCUUGGUGCCAUCGCACUCCCGUUCUGCCAUGCCCUCAGUCUGGGCGGCCGGCCCUACCAAAUCAUCCAUGAGGUGGACAGGCGUUCUGGCGCCCUCCAGGACUUUGUUACCUGGGAUGAGCACUCGCUCUUUAUCCACGGCGAACGCGCCAUGAUGUUCUCGGGCGAGGUCCAUCCGUUCCGCCUCCCCGUGCCGUCGCUGUACUUGGAUGUCUUUGAGAAGAUCAAGGCGCUCGGCUUCAAUAUGGUUUCGUUCUAUGUCGACUGGGCGCUGCUCGAGGGGAAGCCGGGCGAGUUUCGCGCGGACGGCAUCUUCGCUCUGGAGCCGUUCUUUGAAGCGGCCUCUGAGGCGGGCGUAUAUUUGCUGGCGAGGCCGGGUCCGUAUAUUAACGCAGAAGUUAGCGGAGGGGGGUUUCCGGGAUAUUUGCAGCAGUUGGAGGGGAUUCUGAGGUCCCAGGCGCCCGACUUUUUGAAUUCGACGGACAACUACAUGGCCCAUGUGUGUGAUAUAAUCGCCAAGCACCAAAUCACAAACGGCGGCCCCGUCGUUCUCUUCCAGCCCGAGAACGAAUAUUCUUCGGGGCACAACAUCCCCUUUCCCAACGGGCAGUAUAUGCAGUACGUCAUCAACCAGGCCAGGAGCGCGGGCAUUUCGGUCCCCAUGAUCAACAACGACGUUGGGCCCGCGGGAAACUAUGCUCCUGGCAAGGGCGUCGGAAGCAUGGAUAUCUAUGGACACGACAGCUACCCCCUAGGAUUCGAUUGCGGCAAUCCUACCGUCUGGCCGCCGAACGGUCUUCCAACAAGCUUUCACCAACUCCACGAGAGGCAGAGCCCGAAGAGCCCGUACUCCAUCAUCGAGUUUCAAGGCGGCGCGUUUGACCCUUGGGGCGGCUGGGGAUUCGAAAAGUGCGCCGCCCUCGUCAACCACGAAUUCGCACGUGUCUUUUACAAGAACAACCUGGCGGCCGGUGUGUCGAUUUUCAAUAUCUACAUGAUCUACGGCGGAACAAACUGGGGUAAUCUCGGCCACCCAGGCGGCUAUACGUCCUACGAUUACGGUGCCUGCAUCCGAGAAAACAGAGUCAUAGACCGUGAGAAGUAUUCCGAGGUCAAGCUCGAAGCCCAAUUCAUCAAAGUAUCGCCUGGCUACAUCACCGCCUCCGUUGGCCUCGCAUCAACCACGGCAUACUCCAACAACCCGGGCAUCACCAUCACGCCCUUGACGUCUAACAAGACGGGGAACUUCUUCGUCGCUCGUCAGACAGACUACACCGCCACGGGCAGCGUCUCCUACACCGUCACCCUGCCUACCAGCAAUGGGAUCCUCACCAUCCCCCAGCGCGGAGGAAGCUUGUCCCUGCACGGGCGGGAUUCCAAGAUUCAUUUGACGGAUUAUCCCGUGGGCGACUACGUUUUACUGUAUACCACUGCCGAGGUAUUCACCUGGAAGAAGUACGCUGAUAAGACAGUUUUGGUGUUGUACGGCGGCCCAGAUGAAUUGCAUGAGUUUGCGGUAAAGUCUCCCUCAGCGACACGGAUCCUGCAUGUUGAGGGGAGCAGUAUCUCGUCCCACGAGCAGGCUUCGUCGACUAUUGUCGUGCAGUGGACGACGUCGCCAGAGAGGCAGUAUAUUCAGGUUGGCAACUUGGCCAUCUACCUCGUUGAUCGCAACUCGGCGUACAACUACUGGGUCCCCGUCCUUCCGGGCUCCAAUUCAUCCCCAUACGGCACAUCCCUCAUGAAUCCAGACGCUGCCAUCGUCAACGGGGGCUACCUCAUCCGCUCCGCCUCCAUCAACGGCAACACGCUCUCCCUCCGCGCCGACUUCAACGGCUCGACGACCCUGGAAGUCGUCGGCAUCCCCGACGGCGUCACCAAGCUCUCCGUCAACGGCCGGCCGCUCAAACACACCACCUCCCCGACAGGAACGUGGCUCGCCCAGCCAGACAUCACCAUCCCAACCGUCCAACUCCCCUCCCUCGCCGACCUGACCUGGCACACCAUCGACUCCCUGCCCGAAAUUCACCCCCAGUACGACGACUCCCUCUGGCGCACCGCCUCCCAAAGCCCAGGCAACAACAGGCCGCAAGCGCACCACAAAACCUCCAACGCGACCCUAUUCGCAGCGCCCCCGCGCGCAUCUCUCUACGGCUCAGACUACGGCUUCAACACGGGCACCCUCCUCUUCAGAGGCCACUUCACCGCCUCAGGGAAGGAGUCCCUCUUCAGGACAUGGACGUCGGGCGGCACCGCAUACGCCAGCUCCGCAUGGCUCAACGACCGCUUCCUCGGGUCCUUCAAGGGCAACUCCGCCGCCGAGAACCAGAACUCGACGUACGCGCUGCCCAGCCUGACCGCCGGCGAGCAGUACGUCGUCACGGUGGUGGUCGACACCAUGGGGUUCAACGAGAACUUCAACCCGGGAUACGAGGACAUGAAGGCGCCGCGCGGCAUCCUCGACUACGCGCUCUCGUCGCCCGACGGCGCGCCCACCGCCGUGGCGUGGAAAAUCACCGGCAACCUCGGCGGCCACGACUACGCAGACUCGUUCCGCGGGCCGCUCAACGAGGGGGGCCUCUUCUUCGAGCGCCAGGGCUACCACUACCCCCGGCCGCCCGUGGACGACGCCCCCUUCGCCCCGGGCUCGCCGUUUGACCGCGCCGACCGCGCCGGCGUCGCCUACUACGCCGCCCGGAUGCCGCUCGACCUGCCGGCCGACGCGUACGACAUCCCGCUGUCGUUUGUGUUUGCCAACGCCUCCCGGGGCGGGGGGGACUACAGGGCGCUGCUGUACGUCAACGGGUUCCAGUUCGGCAAGUAUCUCAGCAACAUCGGCCCGCAGACCGAGUUCCCUGUGCCCGAGGGCGUCCUCGACUACGGGGGCGACAACUGGGUCGGGCUGGCGGUGUGGUCGUUGGACAGCACCGGCGCGAGGGUGCCCGGGUUGGCGCUGAGGGCCGGGACGCCCGUCCAGUCUUCGCGGAACAAGGUCCGUCUCGUCACGGGGCCGGCUUAUUCCAUCCGUCCUGGCGCAUACUAG